GAGCGAGGGGCUGAGUGAGGGAUGGUCACUGUACAGCCUCGGACAGAUUAGUUCUCGCGAGGUUGUGACUGAGCUGAGGACGAGUAUAUACCAUCCCUCGCUGCCUCGCCUCACCAACCUCUCCCCCAGCCUUAGUCCAAAGACGAGACCAGGUGAUCGAGGCGACGAGAGUGCCUUCCCAUUCACCUUUCCCUGACCUCUUCUGACCUCUCUCCCUCCCCUGCCUUCCCUUACUCUUUGAUCUAAUCGCGUUUGAGACAGGGAGGACACACAAUGACGCGCCUUAACUCUCCCUCACGCAUGCUUAAGUUUUCCCCUUUAGUCCUCCACCUCUCUCCUCCUCUCCUUCUUCUCCUUCUCCUCUUCACUUCUUCCUUUAUCCAGCCUUGCCUCGCCGCUGUUGUUGCUGGUAAUGGGUAUCUGAUUGCAGUUCCCGCCUCCGCCUCUAAUUCCCUCUCCUCUUCCUCCUCCUUCUCGUCUUCCUCUCUCAGUUCGUCUCUCUCUAACACAUCCUCCACUGUCUCUUAUCCUUCCGUGUCAUCCUCUUCAUCCCAUUCUCUUCCCUUCUUAUCCUCCUCCUCAACAUCCUCCUUUCCUUCCUUUUCCUUUCCCCAAUCCCAAACUCGACAACGCCAACGAAUACUCCACGGAGCAGCGUCUCAGGAACCCAUCAUGGCCUGUUACUACGGCUCAUGGGCAGUGUACAGGCCGGGGCAGGGGAAGUUCGACGUGGAGGACAUUGACCCUUUCCUCUGCACCCACGCCCUCUAUGCCUUCGCCGGCCUGCAGGAGUCCACCAACACCAUCGUCAGCCUCGAUCCCUACAAUGACCUUUAUGACAACUAUGGGAAAGGUGCUUAUAUCCGCUUCACAUCCCUAAAGAAGAUUAAUCCGGAGCUCAAAACUCUUCUCUCUAUUGGGGGAUGGAACGAGGGAUCAAGGAAGUAUUCUGAGAUGGCGUCGAGUGCCUCUUCACGAUCAACAUUCAUAGGCAGCUGUAUUAAGUUCCUGGUGAAGUACGGCUUUGACGGACUUGACCUUGACUGGGAGUACCCGACGCUCAGAGGAGGACGCCCCGAGGAUAAGAUCAACUUCGCCCACCUGCUGGAAGAGAUGAGGUCAAAGUUCAAGCAACGCAACCUGAUGCUGACCUCCACGGUGUCAGCGGGGAAGGCAACCAUUGACGCCGCCUACAAUGUGACGGCCCUGGCCAGGAACCUGGAUUACGUGUUCCUAAUGGCGUAUGACUUUCACGGCACCUGGGAGACCUUUGCCCACCACCACUCCCCCCUCUACGCCUACAGGGAGGACAAGGGUGCGAACAAACUCCUGAACGUGGACUUCGCCGUCAAGUACUGGCUGCAGGCUGGUCUCCCCCGCGGCCGCCUCGUCAUGGGUAUCGGGUUGUACGGGCGCUGCUUCACCCUGGCGCGGGCGGACCAGCAUGACGUGUACGCCCCCGCCCCCCAGCCAGGACUGCCCGGCCCCUACACCCGCACGCCCGGGAUGCUGGGCUACAACGAGGUGUGUGAGCAGCAGCAACAGGUACAGUGGAGUGUGAUGAGGGACAAGAACAUGGUGUCGCCCUACGCCUACCACGACCGACAGUGGUGUGGCUACGAUGACGCAAUCUCGGCGGCCGUCAAGGCUAAGUACAUCCUAUCCGCGGGUCUGGCCGGAGCGAUGGUCUGGUCGAUUGAGACGGACGAUUUUCACGGGGCCUGCCGGACAAAGGAGGAGGAGGAGAGGGAGGAGGAGAGCCAGAAGUUUCCUCUCAUCACAACGAUCCGAAUUGUUCUAAGAGGAGGAGAGCCCAUUCCCACGCCCACACCCACGCCAGCGCCCAUCUACCCGCCCACCACGGAAACCACCACUACCUCCACCACCACCACCCCGCCCCCCACACCACCGCCACCGCCGCCGCCACCACCUCCACCACCCUCCACCAUUUGUCACAGAGAGGGACUGAAUCGAGACCCGGCCGGGGACUGUACCAUAUUUUACAUCUGUCACCAGGUGGGCGACAGGUGGCUGGCCUGGCUCUUCCACUGUCCCCGCGGCACCAGGUUCGUCGAGGAUAUGCAGGCUUGUGACUACCCCGAGGGACACCAGGCUUGCCCUCUCCUUCCGCCUGUAACUGAGCCCACUACCACCACGACCACCACCACGACCACCACCCAAGCCUCAACAAUGACCCUUUCCAUCCCAGCUACUACUAAUAAGCCCACUGCCACUUACACCAGUACCAUAGCCGACGACAACACAACCUCUUUUUCCUUCCCUUCCAAUUACACACUUCCUACCAACGUUUCUAGCAGUCUUGACACGAGUAUUACUACCACAAAUAAUACCACCGCUACCACGAACGCUUCAUCCGCGGCCCAAAAUACCCCAGUCGCCCAACCCUUACGUAAUAGCAUCAAUUAUUCCGCAAAUUCAAUUAACUUUACGUGGAGGAGACUCGACCAAGAAUGGGAAGCAGACUCGGCUAAUACAGCUCCCUUCUCUCCUCUGCUCUCUUCCGAAUUACCAGGCAUCUCCCCACGGCCUCCUUUAUCUUCUUCUUCUACAUCUUCUCCUCUUCUUCUUCUUCCUCCUCCCCCUCCACCACCACCGCCCCCUCUUCCACAACUUCUGUUUUCUCAUCCACCUCCUUCUCUUCCUUCUUCACCUCCUCCUCCUCCUUCUCUACUUUCACUUCUGUCUUCUUCUCCCCAAAAUAACUCUUCUCCUCCUCCUUCUCCUCCUUCUUCUAAUCCUCAAACUCUUACGUCUUCUCCUCGUAUUUCCUCUCUCAAUACCCCUCCUCCUCCUCCUCCUGCUCCUCCUGCUCCUCCUCUCUCUAAUGCCCAGUAAAGAUAAGGGGAUUCUGAGAGUGGAGAAACAGCAGCGAAUUUCUCUCGUGCACACGGCGGUUGGCAAAUAAAACGCAGAAAUUGCCGCGUCUGUAAACUUGCUCGCUUGGGGGGCGGGGUGGGGGGGGGGGGGGGUUGCAGG